AAGACUCGUUCUGUAGGUCAGUCGAGGAUGAGACUGUGAGGGACACGGUGGAGUACAACUUGUCGUCCAACUUUUACAUUCCUCCCUCGCUAGUGUUCUUCUUCAAAUCAAAAUGCCAUCGAGAUCUGAAGAUAUUUUACAAGGGUUUAAAAUCAAUUGGAUGAACCUUCGAGAUGCAGACAGCGGCAAAGUUCUCUGGCAGGGCACAGAUGAUUUCACCAACCCAGACGUAGAACAUGAAGCUCGAGUUCCUAGGAAAAUCCUCAAAUGCCGAGCCAUCUCACGAGAAAUUUCCUUCUCUUCUGUCCACUCCAUGGAAAAGUUCAGGCUCGAGCAACGAGUGUACUUUAAGGAUAGAAUGCUUGAAGAAUGGUUUUUUGAAUUUGGUAUAGUAAUUCCCAACUCAACAAACACAUGGCAGAGCUUGAUUGAGGCUGCUCCAGAAUCCCAGAUGAUGCCUGCACAGGUGUUAAGUGGAAAUGUUAUAAUAGAGACAAAAUUUUUUGAUGAUGACUUGUUGGUGUCAACAUCAAAGGUUCGUCUCUUUUAUGUUUGAUGCUGUACCAGCUUCACCUCUGAGAUUUCAAAAUUAUCUACAACAAACAAUCCAGAAGUCAACAAACUUACAAUGGAUGAUGAUCUUUUCUGGCACACUGAGGUCAUUAUCAUUUUUACAGCUGACUCCAAUGACAUAUCUCGACUUUUACAGUUUUGAGUGUUAUGCUCUUCUUCAGGAAAUUUGACAUUUACUAUUUUUUUUUU